AUGUCUGGAAGGGACUACAACGGCGAGCCGGGCUGUCGAAGUCCGGAGGAGCUGGACCAGAGCUAUCGUCGGGGGUGGGGGAAGAAGGAGGCGGAGCUGCGCCGCUGUCCCGCCAACGAGCUGUUCUACGACCGCGAGCGGCGAUGCGUGAAGUGGAAGGACUGGCAGUGGACCGAACCGCAGGAUCCGCCCACAAAGCCGCGCAAAUAAAAGAGGGCGUGGAGGCGGAUGUGUGCGAAUGUAUUGAAACAAAUUGUCGAAAAUAU